AUGGUUUCUGCGAUAGUCACUGAUAUUUUGUGUCGAUACUGUGAAGUUUCUUUCGACUCGCCAGCUUCUGCCGUCUUCCACGAAGUCUUGCACCAUGUCAUACAGUUCGAAUGCGUCGACUGCGGGAAUUCUGCGGCAAACAUAAUCCUUGAGCACAUGCUUUUCCACCAAACCAAAGAGAUUGAAUCGAAACCAAACUUACCUCGCGUUGAUGGAGACAUUUCUGAAUUCUCUACCGAGUCCGAAGAGGCCCGGUUACGCGUUGACUUCCCUCCGAAAACAGAGUUGAAAAGAAAUUCGCCUCGUCGAAGAGGACGUCGGAAAAGGAAACCUGUGCUGGAUGCCGAUGAGUGGCCUCGUAAUGAUCCAUGGUGUUUAACGGAAGUUCAAAGUGAGAUAGAAACGAAAGUUGAAGAGGAAAAAGUCGAGCUAUUCGAAAUAAUUAUCGGUAAGCAGGGUACCCGAUUCUUGAGUGAUGACCUGGAGAUCGUUGAUGAAACCGACAUCGAAUCGGAUGGCAACUUUUUUCGUGCUAGCGCAUUUCGACCCGAAAUGCUAGAAACGACUGUGAUAGAAGAAGACGGAGUCGAUGUUGAAACGGAUCAAAUUUCUUACGAUCUGGUUCGAGACGCGAAUCGUUGCAUUGAACUUCUCGAGGCGGAAGACAAAGCAGCUACUUCAUCCCGCGGGCUGCAAUUGCGCACGAUCCAACUUGACGAAACUCCUGUACAACGGAACACUGUUUUCAAAAGAACUGAGCUUGACGCUGAGGAAAUGGCGAGUUACCUGGAUUAUGCGUUCGACUCAUGGACGACGAAUGGAGAACUCUACCUGGGCCAUGACAGGAAACCCUCUGAAAACGCAGCAGCCGGGAAUGUGAUGUGCGAACAAUGCGCGAUUUUCUUCAAAACUAGCGGAUCUCUUGUAGUUCACAACUUGACUGUGCAUGGGUCUCGAAAGUUCAGUUGCACUACCUGCAACAACAAGUUUCUGCGAAGGUCCACUUUUCUUCAACACUUGGUCCGAAUGUGUCACGGAAAGCCAUUCCGGUGUCAGAAGUACCUAUGUCACAUGAUCUUCGCCACUCGGGAAGAGGCAACUGAGCACUUCUUGGAAACGCACGAAUUGAAUAAGUGUAAAUUUUGCGGAGCCGGGUUCAAAAAUCCGAUAAACCGAAAGGCGCACGAAGAAAGCGUGCAUGGCGGGCCGCUUAAGCUGCCUUGUCCUCUGUUGGCUGACGAUGAAGGCAACAGUGCCAUCUUUGAUGCGUCAACCGGGGAUUUCACGGUUAGAAUGAAAAAACAAACCAUCGGGGAGUUUUUUCCAAAUCUCGAUUUAUUGACAACUCUGAAACAACCGAAGGUGCAACGAUCUAAUGGAGGAAUUUUGGAGGUGGAAGAUCUAACUGCUGUGAUGGAUGAUCUCUUGGGAGAAAUUCCAGAUUGGACCGUUAAUUCCAGUGAAUGCGACGGAGGAGAAAAUUUACCAAACCUCUCUGGACUGUCAAUAGGCAACAAAAAGUACGGGUUCGCAAAUAUGAUGAGUGAUUCAACUGAAGGUCUCCAGGAAGAGCUUUUGGACAUUUGUGAUGUGAGAUCUCCGCAUUCCAAAAGUCAUGAAACCCGGAAAAGAGAGCGGAUCAAGCAUGAGCAAGAUAACUUCGACGAGGAAUAUUACAUGCAAGACGCCGUAGAAACUGACACAAUUUCCGUUUUGCUCGACUUCCGAACGCCGUGGCCUCAAUGGCUCGAGAAAGUUUCGACUUCUUCCGGGAAAUUAGUGAAGGAAUCCGUCGGUAGGUGUCGCUGGUUUCUGGGGAAUUUAGCCCACUGCACAGAAAUUGAUCUAGAAUCUUCUGGGGUGCACUGGAUGUUACACCGACAGCUUGUCGAUCUUUCAAGUCGCGUUAUAUCGUACAAUCACGUAGAAGCCAGCAUCGUGGAAUAUUUUACUAAUUACAAGGUUUGCUAUUCAACAGUGGAGAUGACGGACGGCGAGAGAGACAGAAUGAUGCAGUUGGCAAAUCGAAAUUACCUUUUCGAUAAUGCGGACGACGUUCGCCGGUGCUAUCUCGGCCUUGUUGAUAUUCUGCUGGCGUAUGCGUACAAUUUUCGCGUAACAUCUGGAGAAUGCGACGUGGAGUCCCCGUGGAACAUUUCUCGACUGAGUGCCACUUUGGCGUGGUUUAAUGAAUUCGACAGUAUGCACGAAGUCGUCGUCACUUCAUUCCGCAGAAUGCUUUGCUAUCCGCAAUAUAGAAAUUGGGAUUUGAACGAAACAAUUCGAUCUGACGUCGUUUCCAUAUUGCGAUUAGGAAAGAAGGCCGUUUUGAAGUGCCUUUUGGAUAUCCUGGGGAUAUUUAACGGCCGUGAGCCGUACUACUUACUGAACAGGUUCUACAUAAAUCACUAUGCGGUUUUUGUCCAACGAAUACCCGAAGGACGCUUGGAAUCGCUCGGAGAAUUACUGCAACAGACGAGCGUGUCGAAAGAAGACGUUGACCUCGGACUGGAGGCCUGUGACGCGGCUUGUCAGCUGGCUCUGGAGGAGGAAACAAACUCUCGUCGGGACCGAGUAUCUGAUGACGUAAAGCGCGGAUUGAAGCGGCUGUCGCUGGGUGAAUCCAAAGUCGACAGCGACGAUGAUGAGAGCUCGUCAAGCACGAGCAGCGCGAGCUACGUUAUGGAGCAGUGCUGUCGAGACUACGACAGCGAUGACGCUGGGGCUUGUCUUUGUGCACACCGUGCCCAGGGAUCAGUUAGUGAGUGA